AUGGCAGAACACCUGGCUGAAGCGCCACCUUCGACUGCGUAUGUGUUCAAUCAUAUCGAAGUUACACGAUCCAACCUCAAAGAAGUAUACUCUCAUAUCAUUAGGAAAGUUUCAGGCGCAUCUCAUAUUGCCAUCGAUUUCGAAUUUACAGGAUUGGGCAAGAAAUCCAGUGUAAACAACAUUCACCAUCAUUACUUAGCCAUCAAACAAGCAGUGGAACAGCACAGUAUAGUUUCUUUUGGAUUGAGUAUCGCUAGAGAAAAUGAUCUAACCGCAUCUUCAGCAGAUAAAUCAUCCUUGCAUAAUGCGAAUAUUGAUAAUAGUAACAGUAGAGGCCUCCAAUAUGAAUUUGAUAACUUCAACUUUUUAACAUUGAUUCAAGGCCCUAUUUUGUUCAGCAAAGGUACAGGGACUUGGUUAGCUGCCAGUGGCUUCGACUUCAAUAAGUUUUUCCUUGAAGGAAUUCCGUUCCAGCCACCAUUGAUUAAAAAAGAAGAAGAGAAAGAGUUGAAUAGCAGUAGCAGUAAAAGUGAUGACAAAAGCAAAGUCAUGUUGUCAAAAUUGCUAAACACAAUAGUGGAUUUGAUGAAAUACAAGAAAAUACCCCUUGUGCUUCACAAUGGUCUACAUGAUAUCAUGUACCUAUAUUACAGUUUUAUUGGACCGUUACCCGACACUUUCCCAGAGUUUUUGACGAAAAUUGCUACAGCAUUCCCAUCUGGCAUCUACGAUACAAAAUUCAUGGCUUAUACAAACACCUUCAACGCUACCUUUUUGUCUUAUCUAUUUGCAAAAUGUGAUCGUCUUAGAAUAGAUGCCUACAAAGACCCGCAAGCUGAAAUAGCGACAAAAGAUAAUCAGUCAAACAAAAACAACAAAACGUAUUUUGAUAUUCAAGUGAAUGAUACGAUCAUUGAUACAACUUUUGAUAAAGUCGUCGAGAUUGGUAGUAAACGAAAAUCCAUACAUUUCGAAAUAGAAACAGAGAGAACAACAAUAAAGAAAAGGUCUACAUCAAUUGAAGAAAACACGACAACAACAAAAGACAAUUCAUUAAAUACUAACAGGCAAAAAAAGAUUAAAGUAUGCAGAGACUACGCGAUGAAAGGCUAUUGCUCACACCCAAAUCAUACAAACUAUUGCGAAGAGCAUGACAUACAACUUGUCCUUAAUAGUGAAAUGGGCCCAUCAAAUUACCCUACUUAUUAUACCUGUAAUCUAAAUGAUGGUAGAAGUGCCCACUCAGCUUACUUCGAUGCUUACAUGACAGCUUUCAUAUAUUGCUACCUGAAACAUACAUUAUCACUCAAAGCCAUGGAUAGCGCAAAAAAUAGGAUUAGGAUCGACUUUGCGCCAGAAUAUAUACAAAUCCCUACUCUUCCUGCAGAAGAUCCUUCUAGUAAGCCUCAUCAGCAAACCGCUUCCUCCCAAGUACCUAGCUUGUCAUCACAAAUAUCAACCUAUUCAUCACAGACCGUCUCUUCACAAGAAUAA